AUGCUAACCGGAACCCCAAACUAUGGUGCGAAUUCCAUAGCGAUCACGACUACGGAAGAUUCCAUAACCCUGAAGAUAGAAGUCAUCGAGCUUCUCAAGAAAGGUCAUCUGAGAGAGUUUCUCUCGGAUAAGGCCAACAAACUUUUGAAUAAAAAAGGUCCCGGUCUUCCUACCGAAGCGGCUCCCACAUUGCCACCACAUCAAGACCGGGUGAUCCAUGUCAUCUCAGGCGGAUCAGAAGUAAGUGGAAUCAGCAGUGCCGCUGCCAAGAGAAGCACUCGCAAUGCCAGGAACGGCCAAGAGGCUGAGGGUCCUAAGCGCCUACUCCUAGGAACAGAUGAGAUCAGCUUCACUGCAAGGGAGACGGAGAAGGUCCUAGCUCUUCACCAUGACACCCUUGUUAUUUCACUUACCAUAGCGAACUGCUUGGUCAAGCGAAUACUUGUGUACAAUGGGAGCUCCAACAACAUUAUCUUCCACUCAGCCUACACCGAUCUGGGGCUGGAACCUAAGGCCCUAACAAGGAAGGCGACCCUUCUUGUGGGCUUUAGCGGUGAUGCAGCAGCAUCCCCUCCAUUGGCGCCAACAUGA